GCAGUUUUACCGCCGCCAACACAGGUUUGUUAUGUUCCAAACUCGCAGUAUCGCCAUUUGCCAUUUUUACUUGCAAUUUACGAUUGUUUUUGCGAUAGCUUUCGCAGAUACGGCCACACAGACAGACGUGACUGCCGCGGACCUGAAGGCGCUGGAGGAGGAUAAUCAGCGUCUUACAUCAGAGCUACGGACACUAAGGAUUCAGAAAAGUGCACUUGAAAUUACCGAGCUGUCAUUGCGUGAAGACCCAGAGAAAGUCUCCUUUUACACUGGGCUUCCAAGUUUUGCUGUUCUCUUUUCUAUCUAUCAGCUACUAGAAGUGUCUGUUAAGCAUACUCCACAGCGCUGCCUUGGUAAGUUUCAAGAAUUCGUGGUGUUCUUGAUGAAACUGAAGUGGAACUUCCCAUUGCAGGACCUUGGAUAUCGCUUUAGGGUUUCCGAGUCAACAAUAAGUAGAGUAUUUGACAGGUGGCUACACACUGCUUUUUGGCGGCUGAAGGAAACUAUUGUGUGGCCUUCACGCGAUGAAAUUUGUAACACAAUGCCACAGGCAUUUUAUGACUCUUUCGGUAGAAAGGUAGCGCUGAUAAUUGACUGCUUUGAAAUUAAAAUUGAGCGACCGUCCUCUCUACAGCCAAGAUGCGAGACGUGGUCACAAUAUAAGUCAAGCAAUACCGCAAAAUACUUAAUAGGCAUCUGUCCACAGGGGAUAAUCACAUUCAUAUCAAAGGGCUGGGGAGGUCGAACAUCUGACAAACACAUAACCGAGAACUGUGGAGUUCUGGACAAGCUGUCACACGGUGAUGUCGUUCUCGCGGACAGAGGGUUUGAUAUUGCUGAUAGUUUAGGCUUGUACUGUGCCAAGUUGCACAUCCCUGCUUUUACAAAAGGGAAGAGGCAGCUGUCAGCUAUGGAGGUAGAAACCACAAGGAAGAUUGCAAAUGUCAGGAUACAUGUAGAAAGGGUCAUAGGUUUGGUACGAAACAAGUAUGUGAUAAUGAAAGCUGUUCAGCCAGUUCAUUUUGUGACACGUAAAGAAGGUGACAAUAUUGCCCUGUUGGACAAGGUAGUAACAGUGUGCUGUGCACUGACGAAUUUUUGUUCAUCUGUUGUGCCUGUGAAUGAUGAAUAGCUUUUUUCUGGAUGCAAUUGAAUUGAUGUGCUCUUUACAUUCAGCAAAUUUGUUUUUAGUGCAUGCCUGAAAUCCUUUUUUUCCUGUGUAUUAAUGCAAUGUUUACAUGCAGGUGAAUUUUCGUGAAUGAGUAUUCAUAUUGUAUUGUUUACAUGCAGGGGACUUUUUCGAGUGAGUGUUUGCCUUUAUUUUUGAACAAUCUUUUAC